UUCAAGACUCUUCAAAUUCGAUUGCAUACAUUUAGUCCAAACUCUUUCCAAUCUUUACAACAACAAAAAUAUUUCUUGAUGAUGUCUAAGCUCUACUACACCUUUUCUGUCAUUCUUUUCUUUGCAGCCAUCACAACUCUCAACAUUCAAUACCUAAGACAAAUGCAAGAAGAGGUCCAAAAUCCAACAACCUACCUUAAACCAGCCACAGACCACGGCUGGUUCGAAUUCGUUGCACGAGAGUUCGGAGACGAUCGCAUCAACGUCGCACUGGUCAACAUCGACCAAAGGACGAUGCCAGGCCCGGUCCCGACCAAAGGAAAGACCGUCCCAGUGGAUUUCCGCCACAUUGAUGGGGGUGUGCGGUGGUCCGACCUGUAUCCGUCGUGGAUCAACGAGAACUCCUCCAAGUGCCCCGAGGUACCAAUGCCGGCGUUCGAGAGCUACAAGGAGCUCGACGUGGUGGUUGCUAGGGUUCCUUGUAAUGGAUGUGUGGAGAUUGGAGUGAGGGAUGUUUUUAGAUUGCAAGUGAAUUUGGUGGUGGCUAACUUGUUAGUGAGAUGUGGGAGAGCCCAAAGUAGGGUUACUACUAGACCUAUAUUUGCAGUGUUUAUAGGGUCAAGUGGGCCCAUGUGGGAGAUCUUUAGAUGUGAUGAUCUUGUUUUCCAAGAUUCUAAUUUUUGGAUUUACAAACCUCAAUUGAGAAGGAUAAGACAGAUACUACUCACGCCUGUCGGAAGUUGCCAACUCAACAACGACGUCGUAUCGGGUGAAGGCUUACGGGCACAGACAACCGAGGACGAGAGGACGAAGCAGCCAAGAGAGGCUUAUUCCACUAUACUACACUCUUCAGAAGCCUAUGUAUGUGGAGCAAUAGCUCUAGCACAGAGCAUCAUCCAAUCAAACACAACAAAAGACCUCGUCUUGCUAGCCGACGACCAUGUCUCUCCUGAAUCCAUCAACGGCCUCCGAUCAGCCGGUUGGAAGAUCAAGCGGAUCCAGCGGAUACGCAACCCUCACUCAAAAAAAAAUGCCUACAACGAGUGGAACUACAGCAAGCUCCGCCUCUGGGAGCUAGCAGAGUACGACAAAGUUAUGUUCAUAGACUCUGAUUUCAUCGUCACCAGAAGCCUAGAUGAGUUCUUCGCACACCCGGGAGUCUCUGCCAAGGGAGAUAACAUAAACCGUUUCAACUCGGGGCUGAUGGUUCUUGAACCAUCCAUGUGCACGUUUAGGACCCUGAUGAAGAGGAGGUGGUUGGUGAGAUCAUAUAACGGUGGUGAUCAAGGUUUUCUUAAUGAAAUGUUCCCUUGGUGGCACCGUCUCCCCAACAAAAUAAAUCAUCUCACCUUCUUUCCAUCAGCUGGUGAUCAUAAAAAUAGAGAUCAUACGGUGCCCGAUGAUAUAUCCGGGAUCCACUACCUAGGGUUAAAGCCUUGGUGGUGUUACAGGGACUACGACUGCAAUUGGGAUAUGCCGGAAAGGCAAAUAUUCGCCAGUGACUCGGCCAACAACAUCUGGUGGGAUGUUUAUGACAAGAUGCCAGAGAAUUUGACACAACACUGCUCCUUGACACCCAAAAUGCAUACUAUUUUUAGAGGCCAUAGAAACAAAGCCAGAGAUGCUAACUUACCUGAUGGACAUUGGAGGAUCAAGAUCAGAGACCCCAGGCUGAAAAAUGUAUUGUGAUUCCUUAUCAAAUGAAUACGUGAUAACUUGUUCCCGCAUA